AAAUCGAUUAGUUUGAAUUUUUGACAGUCCUGUCAAGUACAAAACUUCGCAAUGGCGGGGCCAACCCUCCAAGCCCUCAAAAUCUACUGGAAGAGUCUUUUCAUGAUACUCUACCCCAUUGCCCUCCUUCCAGUUUUCAUCAGCAACAACAUCGCUGAAAUGCGGUGUCUCUACGUGGUGUGUCUCAUGGCUGGUUUCUGGGUCUUCGAGAUUCUUCCCUCUGGAGUCACUGGUCUCUUCCCUAUCAUAUUCUUCCCCAUCAUGGGCAUCCUGGAUACUCGGACCACGACCAUGAGCUACUUCAAGGAGUCCAACAUGAUGUUCAUCGGCGGGUUGAUUAUUGCUCUUGCCAUAGAAUACUGUAAUCUGCAUACACGAAUUUCGCUACGUGCCAUCAAAAUGAUCGGUUGCAGUUAUCGUCGAUUGCAUUUCGGAUUGGUCACUUUGACCAUGUUGGUCUCUAUGUGGAUUUCAAAUACAGCAGCUACUGCGAUGAUGUUGCCCAUAAUUCAAGCUGUUCUUCAAGAACUAGAAGCUCAAGGUUUGGGUAAAAUGUAUGAAGGGGAACUUGAUGAAGAAGGCCAACUUGAUGAGUCUACUAAAAGGCCGACAAGGGUCACUAUGUGUUUUUAUAUUGGAACGGCGUACGCUGCCACUAUUGGAGGAUUGGGGUGCAUUGUGGGCAGUGGUACCAACCUGGUCCUGAAAGGCAUCUACGAAACCGAAUUUAAAAAAAGCAGUGGCGUUGAAUUCAACAAAUGGAUGGCUGCAAACGUCCCCCUUAUGUUGGCAGUAAUGUAUCCGACAUGGGUUUGGAUGCAAUUCUGGUUCAUGGGUUUAUGGCGUCCAAAUUCAGAAGACGCCAAAGCCAUAGAUGUGGGAAAAGAAGGCGAAAAAGUCACCAGACAAGUCCUAACCAAUAAACUGGCCGAAAUGGGUUUUUGUACCAUCCAUGAAGUUUUGGUAGGGAUUUUGUUCGUCAUUGCAGCCCUUUUAUGGUUUUUGAGACGGCCAGGGUUCAUGAAAGGGUGGCCCGAAUUAAUCACAAAAACAACGACGGGUGACGCCACGGCGGCCAUGAUUGUCGUUAUUCUUCUUUUUGUAAUCCCCGCCCGCUACGAUUGCUCGAGGGAGAUUUCACCAAAACUGAUCACGUGGCAAUACGUCCAGAAGAAAAUGCACUGGAGUUUGAUUUUUUUGAUGGGUGGGGGGUUUGCCAUCGCUGAUGGGAUGAAAGCAAGUGGGCUGGGCGUAAUGGUAGCGAAUGAGUUGAAUGCAGUGACCAAUUACCCCAGAUUGGUGAUAAUGGUUGUUGGGUGUUUGAUAGGUGCCGUUGUGACGCAAUUUACCAGCAAUGCUGCUGUAGCCAAUAUACUUCUUCCGAUUGUUGCGAGCCUUGCGCGAAAAGCUGAAAUUUAUCCAAUGUAUCUGAUGAUGCCUGUGAAUUUGUCGUGUUCAUUUGCUUUUUGUCUUCCAGUGGCGACGCCCCCGAAUGCCAUUGUCUCCAUGUCUUGUAAUUUGAGGACGACUGAAAUGAUUAAAGUUGGACUAUUUGUUGAAGUUAUCGCUUUUGUGAUGCUAUUGGUGAUUUUUCCGAAUCUAGGUUCGGUUGUAUGGGAUUUCAAUAGCUUCCCGGAUUGGGCACACAAAGAAAACUAAAUUUUCAAUAAAAAUUUUUUUAAUGA